CGGGGCCUUUUAGUGGCGAUAGCCAAUCCGCGAAGAAGCGGGGCUUACGUCAUCAGAAAGGAAGUUCGUUAUUUUUUUUAAAAAGCUGUGUUCUGCGUCUCUCCAGAUGAACCGAAGCGCGUUCCAUUGUGACGUAUGUGGCUCGGGUUAACGUAUGAGGUUUGUGUUUGCUUUUGAUCAGCAUACUUUCAAUGGCGCACAUCAGUAUAAACCAGUAUCUGCAGCAGGUGUUAGAAUCUAUUGACAGCAGAGAUGGCUUGUUUUGUGCAGAACUAGUGUCAUUUAAACAUCCCCAUGUUGCAAAUCCUAGACUUCAGCUUUCAUCUCCAGAAGAAAAAUGUCAACAAGUUCUGGAGCCACCCUAUGAUGAAAUGUUUGCUGCCCACUUAAGAUGUACUUUUGCAGUUGCCAACCAUGAUUUUGUAGAAGCUUACAAAUGUCAGACUGUUAUAGUACAAUCUUUCCUGAGAGCGUUUCAAGCACACAAGGAAGAAAAUUGGGCUUUGCCUAUUAUGUAUGCAGUAGCACUUGAUCUUCGAAUUUUUGCUAAUAGCGCUGACCAACAGCUGGCAAAGAAAGGCAAAGGUAAAGUUGGGGACAUGUUGGAAAAAGCAGCAGAACUCCUGAUGAGCUGUUUUCGAGUAUGUGCCAGUGACACUCGAGCUGGCAUUGAGGAUUCCAAAAAGUGGGGCAUGUUGUUCCUGGUGAAUCAGCUUUUUAAAAUUUAUUUUAAGAUCAACAAACUUCACCUCUGUAAACCGCUGAUAAGAGCAAUUGAUAGCUCAAACCUUAAAGAUGAAUACAGCAUGGCACAAAGGGUUACUUACAGAUAUUAUGUUGGACGGAAAGCCAUGUUUGACAGUGAUUUUAAACAAGCUGAAGAAUAUCUAUCUUUUGCCUUUGAGCACUGUCACCGCUCCAGCCAGAAAAACAAAAGGAUGAUCCUGAUUUAUUUGCUACCAGUGAAAAUGUUACUGGGCCAUAUGCCAAUGAUACAGCUUUUAAAAAAAUAUGACCUCAUGCAGUUUGCAGAAGUCACAAAGGCUGUGAGCGAAGGGAAUCUUCUUCUGUUGAAUGAUGCUCUAGCAAAACAUGAGACCUUCUUUAUUCGUUGUGGAAUCUUCCUUAUCCUUGAGAAGUUGAAAAUAAUCACCUACAGGAAUCUCUUCAAGAAAGUGUAUUUAUUGCUCAAAACUCAUCAGCUGUCUCUAGAUGCCUUUCUGGUGGCCCUGAAAUUCAUGAAAGUUGAUGAUGUUGAUAUUGAUGAAGUCCAGUGUAUUCUAGCCAACCUCAUAUACAUGGGUCACAUUAAAGGCUAUAUUUCUCAUCAGCAUCAGAAGCUCGUUGUCAGCAAGCAAAACCCAUUUCCUCCACUUUCUACUGUCUGUUGAAACUACAGUGACCAAAGGUACUACUCACAAAUAUGGGAUACCUUGGGAACAUACCUCUUUAUAAGGCAGAAUUGACCAUUAAUUCACCCAGAUACAGAGGUGUCUUCACAAGGAAGCGUUUAAGAGCCUACUACAGUUCAGGUCAUAAUGGCUUGGAUGUUGCAUUGUUUUUUGCCAGUGUGAUCAGUCCUACUUAAAGCGGUCCAGUUGUGGUGGAGUCUACCUCUGCAGAUUCUGCCCUCACUCUUCAAUCCCCAUCUUUCUUGUUGCCGUAUCAAGAGGAGUUCUGGAGGAGGGAAAUUAUCAGACAUACACACAGUGCAUUCUCCCAGUGGAGGAGCUUCACCUGUUAAGAUCUUCCAUGAAUGUAAGGAGCCCUUUCACUGACGAAAAGUAGAGUGUGGAUCCAACCCAAUGACUCCUUGAAGAAAGUUGCAAUUUUUAAGAAACACAACAUCUUAAAAAGUGGCAUGUUUUGCUGAUGCCCUUCUGUUAAGUGUCGGUUCAUAAACUGAAAUUGGCUCGGUCAAAAGUAUAAUUUGUACCCAUGUUUUUCAUCCUAAUAUUAGUAAUCAGUUUUAGUACUUGUGUUUAAAUCAAAGACUUUGCAGGGAAUAAAAAAUAUUCAUCACAACCAGACCUAUUUUUGGGAGAGGUUUAAACUUAACUUUUAAAAAAAAUUAAAAAUUCAGAAAAUA